AUGCCACGCGAUGAUCUCGAGACCAAGGACUUCCUGCUGUCGAAGGCUGCCCGCCUUGACCGCGCGCUGCGCUCACUACCCAAAGCCGACCUGAAAUCUUUGCAGGCUGCUUCCCACAAGAAAGCACGCAAGCUGCUGCGCAGCUUAUCUUACCCUGCCAGACCGCAGGCCAAUGGCGAUACUGCUGAGACCAUCCAGAACCGGAUCGAUGUGCUUGGCACAAAAAGCACUGCGGCGUCCACUGCCAAACAGAUCCCACCGCUCACUGAAGCACUUCACAUGGGGGCAGAUAUGGUUAGUGUCCAAGCCUUCGCCAUCGAAGCCCGACAGCCACUGGCAGAAGACCUGUGCACCGAGGCCCUUCGGCGCACCGGCGCCAACUUGGAUUGGGUACGACUCGAGCCGCUGAGCCAUCACUGUGAAGGCCGCUGGCCUUCCCUGGAGACCUUCACGAGGUUCUAUGACAUCCCUCCGCAUCUCCGGCCAAAGCCGCGCACGCCGCCCCCUCCUUCAGAACCCAGUCCUGAGCCGCCGCGCCCGACCAUCGGCUGCAUCGAGGAGGCGAAGGCCUUCGGACGCUCUUCGGAUCUUCUCGCGGCUCUGGUCCGAAGCCUCGCCGGAGAUCCUGGCUUAGGAGACACGGGGCUCCCAGCUCCGAGCCCUGACCAAACGGCAGAACCUGUUCCAGGCCUAGAGUCGCUUGGAGACCCUGAGCCCGCCGGUCUUCGGCCAGGCAGUGGAAGUCCCGCUGCCGAACUUGGACGAGACGAAGCAUUGCCACACCCGGAAAGAGGCGGUGAGGCUCUCGAAGAUGGAGAGCUUCGUGAAGGCCAAGGUGAUGCAACUCGUUCGGAUCUGCGAGACCUGCGGGGUGCAACAACGGGACCUUCGUCGCCGUCCUUGCGGUCUAAGCGCGGCCCUGGAGGUGUGCGAGCAGGUCCUGGCAUCAAGACUGGGCGGCUUCGGGGCGUGCCAGCGACGAAACCGCCCAGGGCCAGCCCUGUCCGUUGA